AUGUUCUCUGCCAUGCUGAUGGACGCCUGUCGUGAUGAGCGCUCCCGGAUCCAUAUCGACCACAGGACCGACGGCCACCUUCUCAACAGCCGGCGAAUGCAGAACCCGAUGCGUCUCAACACAACUACUAUCCACGGUCUGCUGUUUGUUGACGACUGCGCACUCAACAGCACGACCGAAGAAGACAUGCAAUGGAGCAUGGAUCACAUCGUCUCCAGAUGCGCUCACUUCAAACUGACCAUCAAUACGGACAAGACGGUGAUCAUGAAUCAACAGGCAUCACCUGCUGCAUACUGUGUCCCUGGCAUCCGGGCCAACGGCACCGAACUGAAGACCGUGGAUAACUUCAACUGCCUAGACAGCGCAAUGUCACGCGCCAUCAGAAUCGACGACAAAGUGGACAACCGGACCUCCAAAGCCAGCCACGCCCUUGGUCGGCUGCAUAACUCCGUGUGGAAUCGCCACGGCCUCCAACAAAAUACCAAAUUGAAGAUAUACAAGGCUGUCGUCCUGACGGCGCUUCUCUACGGAGCGGAGACCUGGAUCGUCUACUUCAGCCAUACCAAGAAGAGCAGCCAUUUCUAUCUCACCUGCCUUCGCCGAAUACUAAAGCUUAGAUGGCAAGACAGGAUUCCCGACAGGGAAGUUCUAGAACGGACCGGAAUCUUCGGCAGCCACGCUAUGUUAAGACACCUGCAACUACGUUGGAGCGGCUAUUUCGUGAGGAUGGAAGAUACACGUCUACCGAAGCAACCCUUCUAUGAUGAUUUGCACACCGGUGCUCGCCAACCGGGAGGACCAAAAGAACGCUACAAGGACACAUUGAAGAACUCGCUUAAACGAUUGCAUAUCCAUCCAGAUACCUGGGAGGACCACGCCCAGGACAGAUAG